AUCAUGUUUUCCGAUAACUGCUCUUUCCCUUUCCACCCUCACCUAACCAAUCUUUUUUGGGUUUUUUGUAGUUAGUUUACUUGCUUCUUCCACGGUGUAUCUAUUAUAUUCCUUCUAGACAAAAACAAAUAAUAAACAAUAGAAUCCCUAUUCCCCACCAUGAGUUUUAAUAAUUACUAAAAAUUAUUGUUCUUAUUUUUACAGUUCAAUGCUAUUGAGUGUGUUGAGUCUGACCCAUUUCGUUUUUCAAUGGAUGCCAUCGUUCUUUAAUGAACCUUUAAUUAUUUAUGCUUAUGGGUAGAGCUUUACUUAAUGAAUCUGUGUAUCAUUUAUUGUUUAUCUGGUCACCCACUCCAUUUCUUGUAGUGGGUUAUCUGCAUUUAAUUGCAUUUGCCCCUUUAGAGAUUUUGUUGCUGCAGAUUUCAGACAAACUGCCUCCACCUUGAGUUUUGUUGGCUGAUUUUUUGAUCUUAGUAAUAUAAAUCUCUUCUUUACUUCAUUGUUGAAAUGGGAUCAUAGUGCAAUGCGAUUUGCUCAAUUAUAGUACGAAUACCAGUGUACAAAUACAGUGUCGGUGUUGCUGGUGCUUGAUUUGUUUUUGUCUUUUAGGGUGUGAUAAUGGGUGGUUUGUGUGAAAAUAGUACAACAGCACUGCAAAUGGAGUGGCCCUCUCCUCUGCCUCCACUUCCUCUUGACUACAGUUUACAGAGGGCUUAUAACAGUCAGCUGCUGAAGGAUGAUGUGCUUAAUGUAUCGCCUAGACCUUCCCACCAUCUAAAUCCAACUACACACAUGGGGAGGACAUUCGUUGAUAAGUCAUCCAUUUGCUGGGACUCGCGGAAGGAACAGUGCUUUGAAUCAGUUGCUGCUAGUCUUUCAGAUAGCAUGCCAACUUCUAAGUCCUCAGCAGAACUGGUGAAUGAAAUUGCCACACUUGAAUUUGAAAUCGUGCAAUUGGAACGCUAUCUGCUUUCUCUUUAUCGGACAGUUUUUCAGCAGCAAUUCCCGUGUACAUUGGGAAAACAGGGAACAAGUUUACAGAAAAUGAGUGAAACUCCACAGGUUAAGGCUGAAAAAUCAUCUCCAAUAAUGGAACUCAACAUGUUAAAAGACUAUAAUGAUAAUCAAAGUCAAAGUUCCCCUUCCAGUGCUUUUACUCGCUCGAAUGAUCUGAUGACAGUGGCAACUCCAAAGUCAUCAUCUAGAAGGCAUUCUUUGACUGACGAUGUCUGUGAUGAAAAAUUGCAGGAGAAGAAUAAUGUUUACUCUCCACACCGUAGCCUUGCACAUCAUCUUGGAAAUUCUCGCAUAGAUGAUGCCCUCAAUUAUCCUGAUAGACUAUCUGUGGAAAUUAUAAGAUGCAUAUCUUCAAUUUACUGUAAAUUGGCAAACCCCACACCAACUCAGAAAGGCUAUUCAGUUUCUUCGACUUCUUCAUUCUGCUCCUCUAGCACAUUUUCUCCAAGAGAUCUUUCUGGCAGUUGGAGUCCUCAAUGUAAUGAUGUAGUUAUAGAACAUUAUGAUUUUGAAGGCCUAAAACAAGAGAAUGGACCAUAUGCUGCAAUGAUAGAAGUCCGAAAGUUAUGUUUAGAUGAUGAAAGUUAUAAUUAUGCUGCUAAAAUGCUACAAAAAUUCAGGUCUCUAGUUAAGGGUCUUGAGAAGGUCGACCCAAAGAAGAUGAGACGGGAAGAGAAGCUUGCCUUUUGGAUCAAUAUUCACAAUGCCUUGGUGAUGCAUGCUUAUUUGGCAUAUGGAACUCAAAACUACAUAAAAAGUACUUCCAUCAUGAAGGCAGCUUAUAAUGUGGGUGGACAUUGCAUAAAUGCUUAUGACAUACAAAGCUCCAUUUUGGGAAUCCGGCCACACUAUUCUGCACCGGUAUAUACCUGUUGAUUAAUAUGCCUUCAC